AUAAGAUUUGUACAACUCCUUGGAUUAUUGGAUUUAGAAUUAAUUACGCUUAUCGCUUUUUGAGUUGAGGGCAUAAUAAAUAUUUAGGCAAACUAAGAUAAUGUCAAUUAACCAUUUAACAAGACCCUACACGCGCUUGAAAAGUUAUCGCUGUUCGAUUUGAUGCGAUAACAAUACUUUGUUGACUCAGCUGCUGUUUGAUUUGCAUAAUAUGUAUAGUCAACCCCAGAAGAAUGGUCUUACGUCAACGAAUCGAGCUUAAGCAAUAAGCAAAUGAGUGCCCUUGAGCUGCACUGCUUUCCAAGCACCCAGAUGGUCAGCUUUACGAUCCAAAAAGGCUAGACCUCCAUAAACGAACGACUGCAUUUGAAAAGCAAAUACAUUGCAAAUGCCACAAUCAGAUGGGAAUGCUUUAUAAAUAGCCAGGCAGAAGAGCAAUGCGACAGUGACCAGCAAGCCAGCGGUGCAAGCGAAUCCCUUCAAGACAAUCUAAACAUGAAGCUCCUCAUCCUCGGCUGUCUGCUGUUGGCUAUCGCACUGUGCCGGGCCAGCAUAAUACCUGCCCACGCUGGAUUAGGUGUUCCAGUGGCCGCCGCUCCUGUGCCAGCUCUGGUGCCAGUCGCCGGAAGCCAUCAAUUUGUGGCCCGCAACUACAACGGCUACUAUGUGCCGACGACGACAUCCACAGCUUGGCCAGCUUGGUCCGCCUAUCCGAAUACCUACUACAAAUAUAGCGGUGGUUAUCCCACCUACACUUAUCCCUAUAGCUACCCUUAUGGCUACUAUCCCAGCUAUAACUAUGGCUAUGGAUAUAAGAGUGUCUGGUAAUGGAAUGAAUAUCUUUUUCUUUAACUAUAAUAAAAUAUUAUUGUGAUCUAAGUUCGAUGUAUAACAAUGUAUAAAUAUAUAUACUCGUAAUCCAUAUUUGAAAGUA